AUGAUUAAACAAUAUCCGGAUACAGUUACCAUCUCGUUGGAGGAGAAUUACCGGUCAUCGGGCGCCAUACUACUCACAGCACUGAAUGUAAUUGAGCAAGAUUCAUCCAGAAUUGCAAAGUCUCUUUUGCCUACCCAUGUUGUUGGCACACGUCCAGUUCUCCGCAAACUUGCAACUGCUCAGAAGGAAGCAGACUGGAUUAUUCAAGAAAUACAAAGGAUAAUGGGUAUGACAGGCGACCUACUAGACUUGAAUGACUUCGCUAUUCUGCUAAGAUCUUCGGCACUUUCAAGAAUAAUUGAAAGCUCAUUAGGCAAAGCAGGUAUAGCCUACCGUAUGGUUGGUGGUCUUCGAUUUAUGAUCGUAUUGAAUCAAAACGUUAUUGGAUUAUUUGAGAGUGUAAAUUUACCUGAUCAUAAUGAUGCUUUGGCGAGAAUCAUCAACACUCCCUCGAGAAGAAUCGGCGAAAGUAACCAUAAAAGCUCUACUCGAAGAGGCAGAGCAAUCUAA